GUUGGUAUUUUUCAAGAAAAGAAAUAGAAGAAAAUUCCCCAUCAAGAAUGGAUGGUAUUGAUUUGAAGAAAGAGACAUACUUGCGCAAGUCGUAUUGUACAUUUUUGCAGGAUUUGGGCAUGAGGCUGAAAGUGAUGCCUUUGGUGAGCGAUUGUUGGAUCUCUAUGGCUUGCUGUGAUGAAACUAUAGAAGAAUCUAGACAAGUGGUUGUUUGGGAGUAGAGUGACGUAGGAAAUGGUAUUGUGCAUGCAUGUCGGCACUCAUGCAUGUGUGUGUCUGUAGUCUGUCAUUCUUUCUAUUAUUGGCAAUCUUUUGACACUCUGUGUGGUUUAACUCGUAGUAAAAGCUACUCAUGCACAUAUACAUGUAAAUUGUGUGUGUGUCUAUGAGUGUGAAUAUCUGUCAUCCUUUUCCACAUUAUAUUUCUGGGAAAGGUGUCUAUAUCAGUUAUAAAUAACUAAAGGGUGUUGUUCAAGGAGGGCUUUUUCAUAUUUGACUAGGUUUGAUCUAUAGAGAGUUAAAUCAAGCCCUGACAGUGUGACAUUACUUGUAUUGAUAAUAUUUGGAUCUUUGUUGGCUAUCAUUGAAUGAAUUUGACUCCGUUUCUUAUCUGGCAAAGGCCUCAGGUAACAAUAGCUACAGCAAUAAUCUUUUGUCACCGCUUCUUCAUUCGACAAUCACAUGUGAAAAAUGAUAGAAGGACCAUUGCUACUGUGUGUAUGUUCCUAGCUGGGAAAGUUGAAGAGACACCUCGUCCAUUAAAGGAUGUUAUUCUCGUUUCCUAUGAGAUAAUACACAAAAAAGAUCCUGCUGCAGCUCAGAGGAUCAAACAGAAGGAAGUGUAUGAACAACAAAAGGAGCUAAUUUUAAUUGGGGAGAGGGUUGUGCUUGCCACUUUGGGGUUUGACCUCAACGUUCACCAUCCAUAUAAACCUCUUGUUGAGGCUAUAAAGAAAUUCAAGGUUGCUCAGAAUGCUCUUGCCCAAGUCGCAUGGAAUUUUGUUAACGACGGGUUGAGGACGUCACUCUGCCUCCAAUUUAAGCCUCAUCAUAUUGCAGCUGGUGCUAUUUUCCUCGCUGCCAAGUUCCUCAAAGUAAAGCUUCCGUCAGAUGGUGAGAAGGUCUGGUGGCAAGAAUUUGACGUCACCCCACGCCAGUUGGAAGAGGUUAGCAAUCAAAUGCUGGAACUUUAUGAGCAAAACCGAGUACCCCCAUCUCAGGGUAGUGAAGUAGAAGGAGGUGGUGUCGGUGGUGAUACAUCUCAUCGAACACCGGCUAAACAUCCAUCGGGAAGUGAGGAAAAACAAGUAUCUUCACGGUCAGUGGCCGACCACUCAUCUGUUGACAAACAUGGUAUGUCAACAAGGACUGCCCAAAAUCAAAAUAGUGCUAAUGGUGAGAUGGGAGGUGUUAUUACUGAUCACAAGUUGGAUACUGAGACCAAGGAUGGUAAUCAACAUCAUGAGCUAUUACCGCAUAAGGAGCACAUGAGGGAAGUUUCAAAUAAAUCUAGGUCUGGAACGGAGCGAACCGGGGGAGAAGACCAGGAAAGAACUGGCGGAAGAAAUGACACUGCAGAAACCGGUGAAUGGAGAGAUGAGGGAGCAUCACGUAAGGGUAGCGGUGUGGUUGGGCGAAACUUGGACAUUCGGGAAGGACCUGUUGGCCAGUCACCCAAAGAAGCUAUUAAAAUAGACAAAAAUAAGUUGAAGGCUGCGCUUGAGAAAAGAAGGAAGUCGCGUGGGGAAACGAUGAAGAAAAAGGAUGUCAUGGACGAAGACGAUCUUAUCGAGAGGGAACUAGAGGAUGGGGUUGAAUUGGCUGUGGAAGAUGAGAAAAUCAAGCGAGAACGACAGAACUGGUCUAGAAAUGAGAAUCAAGAUCAUGUUAAGGACCAUGGGGAAAUGGGAGAAGCGAACCACUACAUUACAAAAGGGCAAUCAUCUCAGGGAUUUGAAACAGAGGCUGCCGAAGAAGGAGAAAUGCUGGAUGAUGCUUCUCCAAAAGUAAAUCCCCGAAAGCGAAAAGGUGGAAGCCCACCAGAGAGGCAAUCUGAAGGGAAGAAACGUCAUGAGUACACAUCAAGUUACAACCACGACACCGUAGAAGACGGGCCAAAAAGUGGUCGUAAUAGUUAUCCGGAUAAAGAAUAUCGAAGGCAUGCACACGAGAAUCAUUUCUGAGGCAGUAUUAACAGUAAGUCCACGCAUUUUGAUUUAUUAAUGAGCGUAUGAUAUUGGAAAACUGGUUUCUGACUGAUUUUCGAACCUCGCUUUCCAUGUACAAAAAAUUAAAUUCUGAUUUUGAUUGCCUACACUGGCUUUUAUAUCUUGACUGUAACAGAAUGUUCGGAACGAGGAUGCUUAGGCUUGAAGAAGAGAAAGUAAAAGAGGCAAUUAAUUUAUUUACUUCA